CUAUUUUUUUUUGGGCUAUGCGUAACAAAAAUCUCUCCCCUCCACCUCUGAUUCACUUGUUCUCCGUUAGGCAGAGAGAGAGGGAGAGUUUCAGAGAGAGAGAGGAGAGAGCGUAGGAGCAAUGGCGGAAUCUAAGACGGCUCAUUCUCCCCUCGUAACCUAUUUUUCAAUGAUCUCUCUCCUCACCCUUUGCCCUCCCUUUGUGAUUUUCAUAUGGUACACAAUGGUCCAUGGUGAUGGGUCUGUAUCCAUCACUUGGGACUACUUGAAGCAAAAUGGUUUGCAAGGACUCAUUAAUAUCUGGCCAAGACCAUCACCUAUAGCAUGGAAAAUUAUUGCUUGUUUUGGUGCAUUUGAAGCAAUGCUUCAACUAGUUCUUCCUGGCGAAAGAGUUGAAGGUCCCAUUUCUCCUGCUGGGAACCGACCUGUCUACAAGGCAAACGGUUUGCUGGCUUAUGCGGUCACAUUGAUAACAUAUAUCAGCAUUUGGUGGUUGGGAAUAUUUAAUCCUGCCAUUGUGUAUGAUCAUUUGGGAGAAAUUUUCUCAGCACUAAUCAUUGGCAGCUUCUUCUUUUGCAUUUUACUGUACAUAAAAGGGCAUGUGGCACCAUCUUCAAGUGAUUCAGGUUCAUCGGGGAACAUAAUAAUCGAUUUCUAUUGGGGCAUGGAACUGUAUCCUAGAAUUGGUAAAAGCUUCGACAUCAAAGUUUUCACGAACUGCCGAUUUGGUAUGAUGUCAUGGGCAGUUCUUGCUGUGACAUAUUGCAUCAAGCAGUAUGAAGCAAAUGGUCAAGUAGUGGACUCCAUGCUUGUAAAUACUAUACUGAUGCUUGUAUAUGUAACUAAGUUCUUCUGGUGGGAAGCUGGGUAUUGGAACACUAUGGAUAUUGCACAUGAUCGAGCUGGAUUUUAUAUAUGCUGGGGAUGCCUAGUGUGGGUCCCAUCUGUCUAUACCUCUCCUGGAAUGUACCUUGUCAACCAUCCGGUUAGCUUGGGUUCUCAGCUCGCUCUUAUGAUUCUUGUUGCUGGCAUUGGAUGCAUAUUUAUCAAUUAUGACUGUGAUAGACAGAGGCAAUACUUCCGCAAAACAAAUGGAAAAUGCGUUAUAUGGGGAAAACCUCCAUCAAAGAUAGUGGCCUUCUAUCAUACGAACACUGGGGAAAAGAAAUCCAGCCUUCUCUUGACAUCUGGCUGGUGGGGUUUGUCUCGACAUUUCCAUUAUGUUCCGGAAAUAUUGGCAGCCUUCUUUUGGACUGUGCCAGCUCUUUUCAAUCACUUCCUGCCCUACUUCUACGUGAUAUUCUUGACAAUUUUGCUAUUUGACCGAGCUAAGAGAGAUGACGAACGAUGCAUGGCCAAGUACCAGAAAUACUGGAAGGAGUACUGUGACAAGGUGCCUUACAGAAUUAUACCUAGUAUUUAUUGAUGCUUUUUUAGGUAUCUGUAACCUAAGUGAUGGGGUAUGUACGAUUUUUGAUGAAUUGGUUGUAAGUUUUAGUAACUUAUAAAUUGUAUUCUGUGAGGCCCUUGUUUUCUCUUCAAAUAUUAUAUGCAUCUUUAGGUGAGA